AGGACUUACAUUCACUUUGAGCUGUUAGUCAGUCCUACCUGUUGGUCGUGCAACCAGAAGUCGGCAAUCCUUUGCACGUCUGCGAUACACCAAGAUGAAAUUGGCCCUAGUGACAGUAGCCCUCUGCCUCGCGCUCGAUUUGGUCGCAGCCAAUCCGAGUCCUUCUGGAAGGGACGAGAAACAAGGAGGAUUCUUCCUGCACGGAAUUGGAUUAGAGAAGCUGUUCGGCAUCCUUCACGGCGGCGUCGGUGGAAAUGGCGGCAAAGGAUACAAGAAGAAACCCAGGUCCCUCGAGGAGUUCCUCAAAGGACCUCUCUUUCCCCUCCCUGACUACUAUUUCAGAUACCGAUACGAGUUAGCUAAGCAGAGGGCCAAAGAAGGUGGUGGGCAUGAGUAACAUGGCCAUUACUGUGAGAGACGUGCCCUCCAUAGUGCAAAAGGCCAGGAAGUUCGUUAUGACUCGCGUGAAAAGAUAUAUAACAAUUCUUGAUCCCCGUUGCCCUAGAAGGCACUGUGCCCACGUAGGGCUUCGUGCCUGGGCCCACUUGAGGGUAGGAUGGAAUUGGUCGCCUCUGAUUGCGCUGUGUCUACAUAGGGAUGUACUGCCCACUCGAGGGCAUGAGAGUGGUGGUCUCCACAACACAAAGGACUACAAUGAUAUGUUCAAACAUUUGUUCGAUGACGUCGAGUUUAGUCCCAAGGUUUGGCCCAUGGCCCAAGACCUGGUACUCCAUUUCAUUUUAAUCCUUCGGCCCAGCCCAGUGAGAGCUGAUGAUCAGCUCAGUGGUCUGAUUUAACUAUUUUAAUACUACAAACUGACUUCGGGACAAACUGCCGCAACAGAAAUACAGAAAUUAUGCUUCUGGACUUCUGGAAAAACCGCCGCCCUUCUAAGAGCUAAGGAAGACAUGUUACUGAGGGCUCAGUACUCCUGGGCAUGACAUAGAAGGUGCCUUCAUACCUGCUGCCGGUGCCCACGACGCCGGAGAGCAUGGUUUAGUACCCAGAGAACACAGAUAGGACUUGACCACUUUUUCAUUACAAUUACAUUAUGCUUUUAUAUAUACAAAAAAUAUGCAAAAGUAAUUAUCGUUUAGUUAAUGUUACAUU